AUGUCGACCAAUCUCGCCCUCGCUGAUGGCGAAGUGUACAGCCAGCCCGCUGAUACGGGUAUCGGUGUACACGAAAGCACCCAGCUAGUUGCUGCGAUUGAUGCGCUAAAGCGACGGGGAAAUCCCGUGCGCCUGGAAGACUUUGCACUCAUGCAUGGAAUCCAGGGCCUGAUGGACGAGAAAAGCGCACUUUUUUGCCGCUUUUCGGCGCAUCCCAAGGUCCAGUACGAUAAAAAGACAGAUCUGUGGAGCUACAAACCCGACUACAAUGUGCACUCGCCCGCGGACGUGGUCGAGCUAUUGCGCGAGAAAUACUACCGCCCGUCUGCACUUACCCCGACGUCUGCGGCAUCUGGCAUGCGCGUCGCAGAACUCCGUGAGUCGUACCCACCUGCGCGCGAGGUGGUGGACGAGCUGAUGAGUGUGCAGCCAUUUGAGGACCGCGAAGUGCUUGCGCUGCGUGGCAAGCGCGACGGGGCGGUCAAGUACGUCUUUUGGAACCCGGUGCGCGGUGAUGAGGUGAAACCCAUUGAUUCCGAGUUUAAGGAGCUGUGGCAUGGACUUCAGGUGCCGGAUGUCGUGGACCUUGCGGCGGAUCUCGAGAGCGAGGGCCUAAGUGCAACGACCAUGGCCGAGAAUACCCCCAAGCAGCAGCAUGUGCCCGCCCAGCGCGGCAAGAAAGGCAAGCGCGGCGCCGCUCCACGCAAGUUCAAGCUGCAAAACACCCACUUGCAAGGCGUGGAUCUGAGCAAGGAUUUUGUAAAGCAAUGA